AUGCUGUGUAUAAUACACACCAUAGCUCUCCAAGGAGAUCCUGGCAUCAGCACCCGGAUAGAUAACGCCACCGUCUCUGUGGUGUUCUGCUUUUAUCCUCACACGGCCUUCAUGAAGGAAUCGGACCGCUUCUCCAUAGCUCUCCCUCCACACCUCUGGGUGUACCUCUGGACCUGUUUACACUGGGCAUGUAAACGCAAUCAUGGUCAGGUGGUCUCUUACUUAUUAAAAUCAGGAGCUGACAAAGAGAUUCUUACGACAAAAGGAGAAAUGCCAGUCCAGUUGACAUCAAGGAGAGAAAUCAGGAAGAUCAUGGGGGUGGAAGAAGAUGACGGUGACGACAGCCUCCCCCAGCUGAAGAAGGAGUCAGAACUGCCCUUUGUUCCCAACUACUUGGCCAACCCAGCCUUCCCCUUCCUCUACACCCCUGCGGCGGCCGAGGACCCGGCCCCGCUCCAGAACGGGGGCCCCUCCACACCUCCUGCAUCACCCCCUGCGGAAGGCGCCCCUCCGUUGCUGGCCGCUGGGGAGCCUGCCCUUGUCGGGGCCUUUCCACGGGACCACACCUCGUUGGCACUGGUUCAGAACAGGGACGUGUCUGCCCCCUCGGCCAUACUCAGAACACCAGAAAGCACAAAAUCGGGUCCUGUCUGUCAGCCCCCAGUGAGUCAGAGCCGCUCGCUCUUCUCCUCUGUCCCGUCCAAGCCACCAGUGUCUCUGGAGCCUCAAAAUGGGACGUAUGCAGGGCCGGCGCCAGCCUUCCAGCCAUUCUUCUUCACGGGAGCAUUCCCAUUUAACAUGCAAGAGCUAGUACUCAAGGUGAGGAUUCAGAACCCAUCUCUUCGAGAAAAUGAUUUCAUCGAAAUUGAACUGGACCGACGGGAGCUCACCUAUCAAGAACUGCUCAGAGUGAGUUGCUGUGAGCUGGGCGUUAACCCAGACCAGGUGGAGAAGAUCAGAAAGUUACCGAACACCCUGGUAAGAAAGGACAAAGACGUGGCUCGACUCCAAGACUUCCAGGAGCUGGAGCUGGUUUUAAUGAUCAGUGAAAACAAUUUCCUGUUCAGAAAUGCUGCCUCCACACUGACUGACAGACCUUGUUAUAACAGGAGAGCUUCCAAACUGACUUACUAAAUGCAGCAGGGACUUUGAUCACUGGAUAUUGGGACAGUGCGCAUCACCUCCGGGCCGAGGAUGAGCCAUGGAUCGAAAUGUCUCGGGCGCCCGGGAGGGCCCCGGUGCCACUGCGUAGUCGACACUAACAUCGUUCUGCCAUGGUGGGGAGCCCCUGCCCCCCCGCAGCGGUGCCACUCUUCCAAGCCUCUUGGUGCACAACAAACCUGCUGCCUGAAGCUGUGAACAGCCGAGAAGCCGGAGAGGCCCAAGCCGACAGUCCUGAAGCCACUCCUUCACGCGCCCCACCUGAGCGAGCCGCCCCAGCAGAGACAGAGAGAGCGGGGCGCGUCUGUGGCCCCUCCUGGGGACAGAACACCCGCAGGGCUCUCUCUUGGGGCGCCUCGCUCACGACCCUCCUGACGGAUGAUCCGGCUAGAGAGGAAACGGGGGAAAGCACAGGUACCGGACCCAUGAAUUUUUAGCGUGACUUGUGGCUGUGAGGUGUCACAUAACAUAUUUACAAUGUUCUCAGGUUUAAAGCAAUUAAGAAUACAGUUACCUAGUUGUAAAUAGGCUGUUAACCAAAAGAGCUGCCCGUCCCCCACUUCGUCCUUCCGUGAACAUUCAAGACCGCCUCACCGUCUCUGUCGCCUGGACAGUCGCCUCUGCAUUAACGCUGUGGUCACUAGAGGGCUCUCUGAUGCUUUCUAAAAGAGCAGCCGCUUUUUUUUUUUUUUUUUCUCUUUUUUUCUUUCUUUUCUUCCUUUCUUCUUUUUUUUUUUUUAACCCUCUGAAGUGAUUCCUGGCCUCUCCAGGUUGAAUCGCACCGUUCCGAGAAAGAGCGUGGACAUGGUGGGCCCGUGGUCCCCAGUUGCGUUCCCUGCCGGGAAUGAAAAGCAGUUCUCGAAAUCGCAUUUGAGGCCAUUUUACAGGUGAUCGUGGGACACUGAGCUGAAGGAGUUCGCAUCUUUAUUUUUAUAUCAAAGAUCAAGGUUAUUUUGAACUUAGUAGGGUUUUUACACAGCUCUGAAAUCUGUCGCUUUGGUAAAUCAACUGUUGGGCCUUAGGGCCCCCCUCCCCCUACCCCAACCCCCACCCUUCCACUUCGCAGAGUCAGCUUGUGAGUCCACCAGGCCUGGUUCUGGAAAACACCAGAUUACACUCUGGAGCGCGGCCUAAGAAGUUUCGCAGAGAACGCCCUGGAGAAUUCUCUUCCUUUCUUUCAGUGUCAUUAACGUGAAAAGAGCCACUGUCUUGUUGAAACCAACAGCUUCACUUUAGAAACGCGAACGAGCACACUUAGCCAAGGAACAGGAGGGCAGGGGUCCGAAGCCCGUGGUCAAGGAACCACCCCUGCUGUCUUAGGAAGCUUCUUCCCCAUAGUGCCUAUAGUUUCCAAAGAAACUGAACUUCCUAACCGUCGUUAAUUUUAUCGGAACACUGCGACUGAUCGCCGACGGAGCGAGAACAUGCCGAAGAUGUCCGUGGAAGAGAGCCUCGUGCUGAGAACACAGCCCCCUGCAGCCGCCUCGGCGCUGAGCUGAGGUUGCGGUGUCCUCGAGGCCAACUUUGUGGCAUCACGCCGUUCAGUGGUUUCCCGCUCAGUCCACCAAUUCCCGACAGGGACGUGCUCACCCUUGUACUGUGUUUGCAUCGCAGAGUCAGACUCUGCAGGGAAGUUCCCUGUGACCCCUUCCCUGAAGUGCUUUAAAGGAGAAACAGCCCUUGCGUUUCAACCAAUCUGAAGCUAGUUUACCGAGACCUACUAACCUUCUUUCCUUCCCUUUGGAAAAAGUGACCGUUUACUGAUAACAUUAAGGCUAGUUCUAUCCUGGUGGAAAUAAAUCCAGUAUUAAUUCGUGUCUAAAUCCCUGGGGUUAAAACUCUUCUAACCACUUAGAUCAAUUAGAGACUCCGGAGGAGUGGAGGUCCCGGCCGGGAGGUGGCCUACGGAGUGGCUCCGGGGCAUUUCCCCGGUUCAGAAAGUGGCGAGGGUGACUGAGGUGUCUCAGGUGAGGGAUGAGCCCUACACUGGCCCCUCUCCUCCCUUGUAAAGUCCUCUGUGGUCACCUGACUCCUGCCUCAGGUGGUGGGAUGAGACCGACAGUUGCUGGUAGGUGAGUUUAAAGUCUUAAUCUAUGCAUUCAGAGAAAUAUUUUUCUAUGCUUUGUGUAAUUUAUAACAAGGAUUUUUUUUUAGCUUUGUUAACAGUGAACUCACCACCCCCCCCCAACGCAUAGUUAAAGCAUGUAUUCACACCGUGUGUAAACAUUCACCGAAGAUGGUUUUCUUUGUGCAUUGCCGACUGUUCAAACAUACCAAGUAUUAUUAAAAUUAAAUAUUAAUGCCCCAA